UAUGCAGGCUGCGUUUUUCAUACAUUGCUAUUGCUCACGGCAUCUGAAGAGUCGAAAAAUGUAACAUUUCGAUAACAGACUCUUCCUGCUAUCGAUAUGUUAUCACAAAGUAGUAAGUUUACGUCUUAGCAGAGGCUACCUAUGUUAAGAUCACAGCAACUUGUCUCCCACCUAAAAUAAAUAUAUGAUUAAAUAUAGGCCUAAGUCUAGUCUUCGGAGUCCAACCUCAGUCCAGGCCCGUGCAGGCAAAACGCAAACAGCUCAAUUAAUCAAUUAAUAAAUAAAUAUAUAUAUAUAUUAAUACCGGUAUAUAAAUAUAUUUAGAUGUACUGCCCAGUACUGCAAUUAUUGCUAAGAUUAGAGUCUAUUAGAGACAACAAACCUGCGUACCCAGACAAAUUGUUUUUCUAAUUGCUGCCCUAAUUCAGUAUCAGGCUACAGUUUUUCAUGCUUCACCUCUGCCUCCUCAGUCUUUUUAUGAAAUAAAUUAAUUCUUAAGUUAUAACUGUAAAUUUUUAUUAUGAAUAAUAAUAAUGUUACAAAAAGUAGUGAGUAGGCCUUGUCCAGGAACCAGUUUUUAUAGAUGAAAAUCAAUAGGAGACAGUCAGAAUGAUCAAUACAUUGAUCAUGGCCCUCAAAAUAUAGAAGAGGUGAAGAAGAAGAAAAUAAGCCAUCAGAAGUGUAUUAGUUUUAUUAUUAUUUGAAUUUUACUUAACUAUCUUAAUCAAUAAGAACAUGUAUAAUGUAUCUACUAUAGGCUUACAAUUUACAAUUAAACACAAUGAAUAAAUAAUUCUUUUGGCCUUGUCUGACCUAUGUUAAGUUAUUCACUUAUACUUAAAGAGGUAGUGACCUGUUAAUAUUGAUAUCAGGAUAUUGGUGUUCAUUGUAAAUUUGAUUAUAAAUUUAACAGAAACAAUCAAAAUAAUUUGAUGAAUUUGAAAAAUAGGUUGCUUUUGUGUUGAAAUGGAGAAAUAUGAUUAAAUGAUUGUUACUUGGUUCUGUUUGCUGAAAUUUGUCUUUCGAUAUCUAGUUCUAGUUUUAAGAAAUUUAAAUCUUAUGAAGUCAUCUUAUCAUUGCUUAGGCUUAAAAUAGCUGCUGAGGCCUCAAAAUGUCAUCUCAGAAGCGCAAUCUUGAAGAAGCUGACCCUGAUUAUGCUGAUGUUGGGGACCAGCAGGCAAAAAGACAGAGAGCUUUGGAAGAAGAUGGUAAAGUAGACGAAAGGAUUCAGCUUUUAAUUGCUUUCUUUUAUAUAGUAAAUAAAAAGAUUAUAAUAUAAGCAGAUGUCAACAUUUUUUCCCAAAAGUCAUUACUAAUCUGGUUGAGCUAUGCUGAGAUCUUUGAAGUAAAUGUGGCUUCUUUCUUUGAAGUAAAUGUGGCUUCUUUUUUAUAUAAUGCUUUUAUUUUUUAAAAAAUGACAGGUCAGGAUUAUGUGGUAUAAUUUUAAAACAAAAAGAACUUUGAUGACAUUCUGUGCAUUCUCUUCUUUGCAGUUAAAUUUUUUUUUUCAAAUGUCACAGUUUUUGGCUUUUUUUUUUCUCAACAACUUUCGUGAAGCUUAUUUUUAAAAACUCCUGAGUUGGAUACAAAUAACUAUGUGGUGUACAAGUUUAGAUUUUUUUUAUUGGGGAUUCCUACUUAAAAUUAUGCAACACUCUAAACAGACAUAAAGGUUAUUUAUUAUAUAUUAAUUAUAUUUGUAACCCCUCUAUAUUCUGAUAUCAUUGUGAUUUCUUCUGUUUCUAUUAUAACUUGUGAGAGUGAUCGUGACCUGAGUGGAUAUCUUAGUUGAUACCAUAUAUGACAUCAGGGCGCUGUGAGCAUGCUUGUUACGCACUGACUUGUAUUGGGAGAAAUUAAUCUCCUAUUUUAAUUUUAAUUUUAAUUGGCUCGUUGUAAACAGUGCCUAACAAAGGACGAUACCAUAGAAUCAACAAUAUUAAAGAUACGACCCAAAACAGUUUCUAGUAACAAUUAAUAAGAUUUAUUAAUUCUUAAGAUAAUUACAAAAGAAAAGAAAAUAUAAUUACUAUCUUCAACUUACAGUAUGGUAGAUCUUGUACCGAUACACAGUUAACACAGUUAGAAUAAUGUGCCAAUAAAUAAUGCGAAAUAAACACAUAUGAGCACCCAAAUACACAAAGAAUAAAACACGCCUCGUAAAGUUAAUAAAAUCUAUCUGAAUCUUCAUCUUCUCGUCCGUGCCUGUCAAUCCCUUAUAUAGGUGGGUCUACCGACGCCUAAGCCCUGCCUUCGAUAAGCUACAUGGCAUUUCUAGAACAAUCCAUUCAUUCUACAAAAUACUAUUUGGAACAGAUUAAUUAUUUUUAGUAGUUGGCGGCAUAAACACGAAUAGAUCAAAAGACUACGCUACACCCCUUUGUGAACACAGCGUCUCAUGCGGAGGUCAAUCAGAGGGCACGCACGAGAAAUAUUAUGUAAACAAGCUCUCUAUAACAAUGCUAAAAUAGCAUGGACUCAAGCGCUAUGAAAGUACUCAAAUAUCAUCAACUACUAAUUUUUCACAUCUCCGUGUAAUAACACAAAGUCCAAAUCGUCACAUAUCAGCUCUUUAUUUACAUAAACACUUAAAAGUUUAACAAAAUUCACAUAUGACACCUAUUGGAACGAUGAUUAAAUAAAAUUCAUAAUAAAUCCAUUUCUCUUUAGAAAAUAACAUGUCAAGUCACUUAUACUUAGUAUCCUUCUUUACUCAUGAGACAAAAUGUUCCUUACUGCUUUUUUAUGUUCUCCAACAUAGUCACUAACAUAGUUCCUUACUAUCUAUAAUUAGAUGUAUCUAUCCAUAUGUAUCCCUACUCUCACAUGAAUUUGUGAUUUCUACUCAGCAUUAAAUGAACAUCAAAUAUAAUUAUGUGUUACAGUCAUAAAGCAUUACUUGGGCAAUGUGAUUAGCUUGAACAGUAAGCUAUACGUUAAUACAAUACAUAUAGUAACUUCUUGAUCAACUAAGAGCAAUGAUGCUGUAUGCAUAUAAAGAAUGCCACUGUGCAAGUGAUCCCAUUAAAACUGAUUUAACCAGUUAAAUUCUAAGGUUUCCAAAUACAAAUCAUCUUUUGGUUACUCUGAAUAAUUUUGUUUUGUUGCUAUUUACCUUUUAAUGAAUGAAAGUUUCAGUAUAUUUGAUCAAGCAUUUUAUCUUUUGAAAUAAAGAUAAAUAUAAAAAAAAGAUCUUUAGAUUUGUCCUUUAUUUGAAUAGGAGGUAAAACUUUGAUGCAUCUUUGUAUGCAUCUUCACAUUGUCGGGGAACCAUCUUUCUAUAUUAUUUUUUAGAAAUUAUAACAUUAAUUUCCAUAAACUUCUCGAUUAAUUUAGAGAACAUAUUAAUGAAAAUUUAGCUUUCAUGCAAAAUGGAUACAUUUUUUGGCACAAUAAAUUAGUUAUUCUCUGUUAAACAAAUUUGGACUUGCUUCAUCAUGUUAAGAUUUUCUUGGAAUCAAUAUAAUUUUAAUACUAAAAAAUUAAUUUAAUGACUUUGAAAUAUUCACAGCCAAACAAGCUGUGUGUCGUCGCAUCCAGGGGAUCGUCCGAAAUGAAUUUAGUAAAGAAAUUACCAACAAAGAAUCAGAACUGCAACAGGUUGAUUGGGUACGUUCCUCUGUAUAUUGAAAUUCAUAAAAAUAAUUAUAAUUCUUAGCAUUGCUCUGUAUUUUACUAAUAAAAAUUAAUAGUAAUACAUUUAUACAUUUGCUACUUGUGUUUGUGUAGAGGCUAAAUGAGGCCAGGCUAAUGAUGGACAGAUUGCGAGCGUGUAUUGUUGCCAAUUAUUAUGGUCAAGCAAACAGAUCAGCUGCUUCCUCCCAGGUAAAUGGUAUUUAAUUUAUGUAUAAACUGCGGAUUCUCAGACUCAAACUUCAGAAGCACACGUCAAUGAAAGUUGUAUUUGAAGAUAUAACCUUCUGAUUUUCUAAAUGUUCCAUGUAAAAAAAAAUCUUGAGGAAUUGUUUAUAUACUUAUUUCUUUUUGGUGUUUUUUUUUGUUGCAACAGUUUAAUUUUAAAUAAAAAAUAUCUUAAUUUUGUGAUGCUUUAUUUUGAUUCUAAAAACAUAUUUUGGUGCAUGGGAUAAGUUUAGAUCAUUACAAAUUUUCUGUGAACUAAGUUUGCUAAUUUACUGACUAAGGAUGUCAACCAUUUGUCUUUAUUGGAGGUUUUUCUAAAGGAUAAUAAAUCACUUGAUUAAAAAUUUGGAGUAAUUAAGGUACAGGUAUGAAUCUUACUAUCAGAUGUGAAAAGAUUUUUAAAAAAACGUAAUCUUAAAUCUCACAAUACAAUUUGAUACUGGUCUUUUAGAAUAAACUUUGUGUGUAAGUUAGUUGUCUCAAAAGUAUUUAGUAUCUUGUUAAUUUUCAUUGAACCAUUGAUUGCAUUGAAACAGCUGUAAACCUUAUGUCUUCCAGGGAACUCCAAAUGCCCCACCCGCUUCCAUCCACCCAACUGUCAAAAAAUAUAUAGGAAAAGUUCCUCGUCAUCAUAUAUUGGGCUCUUCCGGCGUGCCGGCUCACCAUGAGGUUAAGGAAUCGAGUGAGUCUUAUUCCUGUAUUUAUAAAAAAAAAUUAUUGUCAUUUUUUUUUUAUGUAUAACAGAAUUGUGUAAUAAAUGAGGUUAAGCAUUCAUGGCUAGAUUAGGUUUACUUUCACUCUACCAUUGUGUUUAUGAGGCACAUAUUUAGCAGCUGAUAGGGUCAGCUUGGGAAAGGAAAAUCCUCAGGAAAAUAUGCAGACUGGUGAUAGAUAAGGAUGGAUGAAGAAUCCUAACAAACCAAGAGACAUGUCAAUUCUUUGAAGACCCACCCAUAGUCACAACAAUUAUAACAGACAGACUGCGCCAGACAGGACAUCUUGAGAGGAUGCCGGGUAUAGAGCAGCAAAUGUCAUCUAAAGGCAGAAACCUUGGGGCAGACAGCUCCCUGGUCAGCCAAGAUUGAGAGGGAUUGAUGAUGUAGAGAAGUACUUACAUCAGCUGGGUGUCUGGGAAGGGAUAUGGAAAGCCAUUGAUUGAUCUGGUGGUUCAGGCCAGGACAAUACAUGGGCUGUAUCACCACUGAUGGGGAUGAUGAUCGUGUCAGCCAUUGAUGGUGUACAAUGGCUUGCUGCAGUGAGAAAUGUGAAUGUUGUUUGAAGAAGAUAUUGUUUUGUGUAUGACACCUUUAUGGAAGAUCUUUGUGUUUUGUUUACAUAUAUAUAUAUAUAUAUAUAUAUAGAUAUAUAUAGAUAUAUAUAUGUAUAUGUACAUGUAUAUAUAGAUAUAUAUAUAUAUAUAUAUAUAUAUUGUAAGAUAUGUUGUUUUUCUUCAUUUAAAGGCACUUGUGAAAGUAAAGACAGUAACAAGAUUUGCAACCCUUUAACCAACUCUGUAGUUACACCAGUCUCUCAGCCUUCCCCAAUAGUGACAAGAUGUACUACACCUGUUUCAGUGGUAAGAUUCUGAAUUUAAGACUUGAGUUAAAAAUCCCUUUUAAACUAAUUAAUUUCUACGCAACUGUGGGUAACAAUUUUAAUUAGAAAGGAAAAAUUUAAGUUAAUAAUGCUGCCUGGGUUCAGUUGAAGCGUAAAAGAAUAAUUUUUAACCUAUAUCAGUGUUUCCCGACCCGUGCUCCUUAGUGUCAAAAUACUCUGGUAUUUGAGUUUUUAAUGACAAUGCUGUCUUAUUUAUGACAGUCUAUAACACUGUAAUGCCAGGCACCAAGAGUCAUGCACACCAAAUACUAGAGGUAACAACAUUUCAUGAAAAGAUACACCUUGUUUAACCACUUCAUUACCGACGCGACGUCACGGUCACCCACUUUCAAUUACCAAGGAUGUCACAUUGUCAUCAUAACAAAAAUUUAAGAACUUUUCUGAACUACGUCGUCAAAUUUCAAUGCUAUAUAUUUCCUUAUUGGUUAAUCUAUAGAGAAGUUAAAAAGCGAAUCGUAUAGAGAAUGAAAUAUACCGAAAAUUUCAUAUUUUAAGUUUUUGUUGCUGAGUCAGCAAAAAUAGAUGCGUGUGCGCGCGCGCGCACACACACACAAAAAAAACACAAAAAAAACAAAACAAAAAAAACCCUGCGGUAAUGAAGUGGUUAAAUAUCUUCUCAUACAGACAGACUAUCAGCCAUGAUCUAUUACUAAGCGUGGACUUCACUAUCACUCACUAACUUUGUCAUGAACUCUCGAUCUCACACCUCAUAUUCACAGACUUCAUUAUGCUUUUCGUAUCACCCAAUGAGCAUUUAGCCACAAUAAUGCAACUCAUGACACAACUCUCCGACCGAAAAGCGAUCACAUUCACAACAGUGAUUCACAUAUUCUCUACCAUCUUAAAAAUUGUCGUGUUAUGGAAUCAUUGUCUCACAGUAUCCUAUACUUUAAAACUUUUCAAUACUUAACAAAUUUUUUAUUCCAGGCCAUCUCAAAACCUUCAAAAAUAUUCUGCAUUGUAAUUUUUCAAAAAAUUACUUUAAAACCAAUGCCUACGUCCAAAUUCAUCAUGUUACUAUAUUAUUACAAAUAAUGAUGUUCCAUCUAAAGGACAAUAUCACUUUACUUCUUCUCUACAGCCUCCGCUGUUUUCAUGAACAUUUUGGUUACAUUUAUCUCGACCUAUCAUGAUAUGAUAAUAAACAUGGCUGUAAAAAAUACACCAUAACACACUUGUUUAUUGUGCUGCCCUGUCAUCCAAUGACCAUUUAGCCACAAUAAUACAUACAACUCAUGACACAACUCGGGGACCAAAAAGCACUCACCUUCACAACAGUGAUUCUCAUACACCUAACACUUAGGGCCCCACAUGCACUUCUCAGGGGCUCUGUGGCUGCUCCAAGAAAUGCAUUAACCGCAUUACCCUUUAAGACAUAGGCUGGGCCUAAGCCCCCCCCCCCCCUUUUUUUUCCACCCCCUACAAAUUUAUUCUAAAAAGGGCUCAAAAAGGUUGGGAACCACUGACGUAUCUGAUAAGUUUUGUUGAACUUAACAAGAUGAUUUUGAUUCAGGCACCCAAGUUGAUGUCAUCAAACUCUGCAACUUACGAUGACAGAAGAGCAAGAUUCAAAAUUAAAAAAAAAAUAAUUGUGGGAAAUGUAUCAAAGUAAGUUUUUUAGAUUUUUCAUAAACUUUGUCAGAGUUGUAUUUUAUGAUAAAUCUUUUUGCUUAGAAUCAAAGCUUCUAGAAUAAAAUAUGAAUAACCCAGGAUAGUUUAUUAUGAACUUAAACUUUAUUUUGACAAAAUUUCUUUAGAAAAGCUACUCAUGUCUUUACAUUGUAUCUCAGAUACAUUCCAGUGGACCACAGAGAAGCCAAUGACAUGUCCAGCCACAAAUGGAUGGUCUAUGUCCGUGGUCCAAAGUCUGAUCCAGACAUCUCCAGCUUUGUCAAGAAAGUCUGGUUCUUUUUACAUCACAGCUACAAGCCCAAUGAUUUAGUAGAAAUUAGGUGAGUCUGUAAUUAAGGUGUUUUUAUCCCAUCAGAUUUAGUAGAUGUUAGGUGAGUCAGUAACUAAAGUGUAUGAUUCAAUCAGAACCAUUUAAAUAGUCAUUGUUAUUUUCAGAAUAGAAAGAAACUUAAUCAGAUGUAUCAUCUAUACCUGGUGCUCUACAGCCCAUGUAGGGCUUUUGUCUUCCUCACCACUUCCUUCCACUCAGACCUAACUGAUUAUUUUUUGAGAGAGUGCCUAUUGGUUGUGGCUCUUGGGUUUCUCACAGAAAGUAUCCAGUUAUUGUUCCUUGUGUGUCAAUAUAUUUGUUCCUUAUAACUCUCUAAAGUUAGGUUAAGUUGUAUGCAACUUAAGUAAGAUUCCUUGUUUUAGGCCUCGUCUAAUCUGAAAUUUCCUUGAAUAUUCUCCCUGAACCUUGAUUUUUUAAAAUUUGUUUACUGUUGCAUGUAUCAGUCUUGUCAGUUUGAUGUAUAAUUAGCCUGAUUUAUAUAAUUAGAUGUAUAAUAAUGCUUUCAAAAAUUGCUUUACAAUAAAUUCUGCGUCAGUGCAAAAACUUCAGAGUAAAAGAUUGAAACACACAGCAGGUUAUUGAAAUGGUGGUCACAAUAAACUAUUUUAAAAUAAAAUUUCAAGAACUUGAAUUCAAUAAUUGUGUAAUUUUAUAUAGAUUAAUAACAGUGAGAUUAAUCUCUGGACUCAUGUUUACUUUCAGCUCCCCGCCAUUUCAUUUGACCCGAAGAGGCUGGGGAGAAUUCCCUGUUCGUGUACAGCUUCAUUUUGUCGACUCCCGCAAUAAAACCGUGGACAUUAUACAUCACCUAAAGGUAGGCAAAGAAACACAUCACCUCAAGUUAGGAAAACAAACACAUCACCUAAAGGUAGGCAAAUAAACACAUCAACGGAAGGUAGGCAAGGAAACACAUCACCUCAAGGUAGGAAAACCAAACACAUCAACUCAAGGAGGGCUAAAAAUGCAUCACCUUAAGGUAGACAAACCAACACAUCACCUCAGGGUGGGGGCAACCCAACCCAUCACCUCAGGGUAGGUAAACUAACCCAUCACCUCAAGGUAGGAAAACCAACAUAUCACCUCAGGGUAGACAAGCCAACACAUCACCUCAAGGAAGACAAACCAACACAUCACCUUAAGGUAGGCAUACCAACCCAUCACCUCAGGGUAGGUAAAGCAACCCAUCACCUCAGGGUGGGAAAACCUACCCAUCACCUAAGGGUAGGCAAACCAACACAUCACGCCAGAAAUGGGUCAGUAACAAAAGUUGAAUAUAAAUUUAAUGCUACUAUUACUUUGGGAUGUUUUAUAAGCAUAAUACCCUUUGGUUUUGAUGGAAGCAUUAGAUCAAAUAUUUGCUGAUUGAAAAUUACUGAAAAUAUUUAUUGCAUUUUUUAUCAGUAUUUGUUCUAAGUUUAGUUCAAUUUAAAUUAAACUACCUUUUUUUUUCCACCCAACAGCUUGAUAAAACAUUUACUGGCCUGCAGACCCCUGGUGCUGAAACUGUAAGUUUGAGUUUUUAUAAUAAUAAUAAUAAUAAGAGGUCUUAUAUAGCGCGGUCCCCAGCCUAGGGCUGGGCUCACCGCGCUGUACUUAAAAAUUUUAUCAAAAGAGACAUAAUCAUGACAUUAAAAUAAAAUACAUUUAUGAAAUAAAGAACAGCAAUGUAUAUUCACCCACCCCACCCCAUAACUUUUACAAGGCAAACCAUGGACGGCAGCCAGCAAGAUCGUUUAUCGGUCAGAGGAGGGGAAUCAUUCAGGGUAGUAUAAUUUAAAAAGAUAUGUUUCGAGUGCAGUUUUGAAGGCCUGGGUGGUUGGUAUAUUGCUUAUGUGUAGUGGCAAAGAAUUCUGUGUUUUGUAUUUCUAUUUUAACUGGAUUGUUCCAAGAUGGUUCCUGAUUAAUUAUUUUAGUCAUAGUUGAAAAAUAAUUUUUAUUGAGGAUUCCUCAUGUCUAACAUGUGUAUAAUAUUGUUAUACUAACAGGUAUUGGAUGUUGAGCUGGACAGAGAUUUCUUUGACACCAGCAUCAGAGGAAACAAUUCCUCUACACAACAAGCAGGGGCUAGAAUCAGGGAACCGGACGCGGAAAGAGUUGCUUCAAAACAAGUGACUAUCACAGACUCAGUGCUGAGUGAAAGCAGUCAAUUACAGGUUUGUCAGAAAUCUGUCAGCCACGUGAAAAUAGAACAUAACAGUUUGGAAGAGACAGGUGACGACUGUCAGUCAUCCAAUGACCAAGCCAAGUCAGAAUUGUCUGAUGUAUUGAACUUACACGUCUCAAGUGUUCAUGUGUCACAGGAAGAGGAUCUCAACAUUGUUGACGUCUGUGCGGAGAAAAAGUGCCAAAUUCAAACAUCCUCUAUGCAGAAAUUACAAGCUUCUCUGUCUGGAGACACACUUGUCUCAACAACUUCAGUAGUGGAAGAAUCUAAACUUGUAUUAACAUCUUCAGCAGUAGAAGAAUCUAAACUUUUCUCAACAUCUUCAGCAGUGGAAGAAUCUAAACUUUUCUCAACAUCUUCAGUAGUGGAAGAAUCUGUCCCAGAUGAGAAUAAAAUGAUUGUAGCAUCUGUCAUCAAUGAAACUUCUCCUGAAUCUUCUCAAGCUGGGGACACAAAGAUUUUAACAUCAGUCAUUGAUGAAUCUUCUCCAGCUGUUGGGGCAAAUGUUUCAACAUUAUCAUUUAGCAAAGAUUUAUUACAAAUUAAGCAAGAACUCAUUUUGGAAGACAAUUGUCAACAAAAGCAUCAAGUCUCUAGUACAGGUGAUAACAGCUUGAGUUCAUUUAGCAGUUUACAAUGUGAGAACCGUCAAAGUGAUCAGGUAUUUACCGUCAUAACACCUCCAACAAAUAGCAAACCCAAAACUUUUUCUUUGGUUGGAGCCAACCAAGUGUAUCAAAGACAGACAUUGAUCCAGCCCAACACAGUAUUCAACCAGACAUCUGGUCUCACCAGAUCUGUCCAGGUGGUACCAUCAUUCUCUCCUAAAAUUGAUACACCACAACCAGCACCACAGAUACAGCUGUUACCACAGACCCAGCCCUCCGCUAUGCAGAAGUUAAUUGUCCUUAACGCAGGGAAUGUUACUGCUCAUGACAAUACUCGGCAGGUCAUUUGGCCAACUAAACAAAAUGCACCUCGACAAGUCUCUCUACUCACUGGGAUGGUCGUCAACGGACAGUCUGCACCCUCAAAAGUCCGUCCCGUCACCCCAGCUCAUCAGAGCUUUGCAACUUCCCUUCUCACACAAAGACCCACUCUUGUCAAUCAGACGUUAGUUUACAAAAGGCCAACGGCCCAAGUCCUGUUCAUGAACAACUCCUUACAGCAGCAGGUCAUUCAGCCCAACAAUCCUGGCAUUCAUCUGGCUGCUUGUCAGCCAACUUCAGUUUUAACCACCAACAAGGUACCAGAAAUGAAUGGGGCUGUUAGGCCGUAUCCCUUGACUCUGACCAUUGUCAAUCAGGCAAGUUUGCUACCUAAGCCUGUCAAACAAAUUUCAUUGCUAAAAAAUGUGACAACACUGCCAGGUAAUGUGUCGUUAAUUGCAAGCCCAAUACUGAAUGCAGGCACAAACAAUUCUAGUGUAGUUGUGAAUAAGCCAAAUAAUGUUGUUGUAUUAGAAUCACGGGACAGUAACAGUCACGUUUACCCAAAAAUGUCAGCAGUGGGUAUGACAAAACAUGGUAAAAACUGCCAGAAAGUAGCACUUCUCAACCCAGAGAAAAAGGUUAUGACAGAGGAAGAAAAAAAACGAGGGCCUUACGAUAUAUUGAAAGCGUGGAAAAAGAAUCCAGAGCUUUAUGAACGGCAUUCUGCGAAAGCCAAGAAAAUCAUACUUGCUGCUAAGGAUAGAAUUGAAGGGGAAGCCGAGGAAAUACCUGAACUAAUGUAA